CGAAUCUUCUUCUCCAUCACCCUCAUCGACCUCUCGCUUGUGACUCCUCCUUCUACUUCUACACACUCCACAGGUCGCACACUCCCAGGACUGCCCACCAUGCGUGUCACCUCUCUUCUGGCGCUCGGCUGCUAUGCUGCCGUUUCAGCCGCGCAGGACGCUGAUGUCGAAGACGAGGCCGCAAAGUCAUCAUCAGUCGAUGCAUCUCUGCCCAAAUUCACACCCACCACAUUGAAGGCACCCUUCCUCGAGCAAUUCACCGAAGGAUGGGACAGCAGAUGGAAGCCAUCCCACGCGAAAAAGGAAAACACCGAUGAGGAGUGGCAAUUCGUCGGAAACUGGGAGGUCGAGGAGCCCACCGUGCUCAAGGGAAUGGAGGGCGACAAGGGCCUCGUGCUGAAGGACAAGGCGGCCCACCACGCCAUCUCGGCCAAAUUUGACGCUCCCAUCGACAACAAGGGCAAGACUCUGGUCGUGCAAUACGAGGUCAAGCUUCAAAACUUCCUCGAGUGCGGUGGCGCCUACAUGAAGCUUCUCCAGCAGAACGCGGCGCUCGGCACGGAUGAGUUCUCCAAUGCCUCGCCGUACAUUAUCAUGUUCGGUCCCGACAAGUGUGGGUCUACCAACAAGGUCCACUUCAUCUUCCGCCACAAGAACCCCAAGACGGGCGAGUAUGAGGAGAAGCACAUGGACGGCGCUCCGUCGGCUGUGAUCAAUAAGUUGACCAACUUGUACACUUUGAUUGUCAGACCCGACCAGAGCUUCGAGGUUCUCAUCAAUGGCGAGUCGAAGAAGAACGGCACUCUCCUUGAGAACUUCACUCCAUCGGUCAACCCACCGGCCGAGAUUGAUGACCCCGAGGACAAGAAGCCAGAGGACUGGGUUGACGCUGCCACGAUCCAAGACCCUGACGCCAAGAAGCCCGAGGACUGGGACGAGGACGCUCCAUACGAGAUUGUCGACGAGACCGCCGAGAAGCCCGAGGACUGGCUUGAGAACGAGCCUCUCACCAUUCCCGACCCCGAGGCUGAGAAGCCAGAGGACUGGGAUGAUGAGGAGGAUGGUGACUGGGUUCCUCCUCAGGUUUCCAACCCCAAGUGUGACGAUGUUUCCGGAUGUGGUCCAUGGGAGAAGCCGAUGAUUAAAAACCCGAAGUACGUGGGCAAGUGGACCGCUCCAUUCAUCGACAACCCGGCUUACAAGGGCGUCUGGGCUCCUCGCAAGAUUGCCAACCCCAACUUCUUCGAGGCUAAGACGCCAGCUGAUUUUGAGCCAAUGGGCGCUAUCGGUUUCGAGCUCUGGACCAUGAACGAGAACAUCCUCUUCGACAACAUCUACAUCGGCCACGACGAAGCCGCCGCCAAGGAAUUCCGCGCCGCCACCUUCGACAUCAAGAAGCCCGCCGAAGAAAAAGCCGAGAAGGCCAGCAAGCCCGUGGAGGACAAGGCCGAGAAGAAGUCCCCGAUGGACCUCGUCUUCACCGAGGAUCCCGUCACCUACAUCAAGGAGAAGAGCGCACUCUUCAUCGAGCUCUUCCAGAAGAACCCCAUCGACGCCAUCAAGUUCGUUCCCGAGGUCGCUGGUGUUAUUGGUGUUACGCUUCUUACUCUGUUGCUGCUGCUGUUUGGUGGUGGUGCGGCGGCCGCUCCUUCCGCGGAGGAGAUCCGGGCGAGGGCUAAGGAGGCGAAGGCGAAGGCGGAGAAGACGAAGGAUCAGGUUGCUGAUGCGGUUGCGAGUGGUGCGGAGAAGGCGAAGGACGAGGUCAACAAGAGGAACACGAGGAGUGGUGCUGCGCAGUAA